GACAGCAGAGCGACUUAUUUCCGCAAGGAGGUAUUUCUCGCAACGCCGGGAGUGUUUGUAAACAUGGCCGAGUACCUGGCAUCGAUUUUUGGCACCGAGAAAGACAAAGUAAACUGCAGCUUCUACUUCAAGAUUGGAGCUUGCCGUCAUGGAGACCGAUGUUCCAGAAUACAUAAUAAACCUACAUUUAGUCAGACUGUGCUUAUCCUCAACUUGUACUGCAAUCCCCAAAACUCAGCCAAGUCUGCAGACGGCUCCCACUCAACAGUAAGCGAUGAGGAGAUGCAGGAGCACUAUGACAAUUUCUUUGAGGAGGUGUUUGUUGAGUGUGAGGACCGUUACGGCGAGAUUGAAGAAAUGAAUGUGUGUGACAACCUUGGUGACCAUCUGGUUGGCAAUGUUUAUAUCAAGUUCAAAUACGAAGAGGAUGCAGAGAGAGCAGUGGUGGACCUAAACAAUAGAUGGUUCGGUGGUCGUGCCAUUAACGCUGAACUCAGUCCAGUGACGGACUUCCGAGAAGCCUGCUGUCGCCAGUAUGAAAUGGGAGAAUGUACGAGAAGUGGAUUCUGCAACUUCAUGCACCUGAAACCCAUCUCCAGAGAACUGAGGAGAGAAUUAUACAGUCGAAAAAGAAGGCGAUCACACGGCAGAAGCAACCGCCGAAGGUCAAGGUCCAGGAGCCGAAGAUCUCAUUCGAGGUCAAGGUCAAGGCGACGAGAAUACCGGGACAACUCCACGUCAAUGGAGAGGUAUCGGUCCAACUCUCAGGACAAGGAUCGAGAAAGCAGGUUUGGCCGGUUUUAGAACCUUGCUCAGACGCCUCUAGGUGUCAUUGAGGAUGACGAAUGAUCUCAUAACUCAGUGAUAAGAACAUGGUAUGGCACUGCUUGACAUGUUCUUGGAAACUUUUUUUUUUUUUUUUUAUUUUUUUUUACUGCAGCUGGUUUUAUGUAUUUUAAUUAUGGAUUAUUGAUUUAGAUGAACACAGCUUUAACCCUUAGAGUACGGGUGGUGAUAUAUUUCUCUGGAUGGUGUGCACGGGGAAAAUUUAGGCAUUUAAAAGAGGUGGAAAUGGUGUCUUUCUUCUUUGCAAUAAUUGUAUAUUCAUGUAGUAUAUAUGGUGGUGUAAUAAAACUUCUCUCCUAAUAAUAAUAAAAAAGUUAUGACAGCCGAAAAUAUUGCGCAUUUUCUCGUGGCCAUGACGUGUCGCAUAGAAGCACCCCACUCUCUCUCUCUCUCUCUCUCUCUCUCUCUACAAACUUGCCCCUCCCUCCUCUGUCACUGUCACUUUGAUUCGCCCGCGCUCUACUUCCGCCCGGAGCAGAGGAACUGCUUGAUGCGUCACGAGACAUGCCAGAUGUAUUCUGAACAAAAGUGGAAAAUGAUCUGUGGCCUUCAGUAGGCUGCGCGCUGGUAACGAAUGGGAGUGUGUAUGGAUGCCAGACGCCUCCACCAUUCUUCUGAGUCAAGAACUGGCGGUAUAUUUGAAACGUAGGGAGCGUAGAGUGUAAUGAUUAUAUAUAUGAUCCCCGUACGGGUGGGGCAUGUGGUAGCGCACUUAUAUAUACAAUCGCCAUAAUCUAAGGGUUAAUACCUAAAUUUACUCUGGAUUCAAUUUAAGUUCUAAAGUAAAUAUUGAGCCAAGCUCAUGCAGGUAUGCAUAUGAAAUAUGGAAUUGGCAUUAAAUAUACAUGUUAGUAAUGUUCUUAGAUGAAAGCAUCAAUGUUACACUUAGUGGCCUGGUUCAUACAAGUAGUUUUCAGCACCUGAGUUCAACACUGGGACUAAUUUCCAGGAACAAUCAGUGACCUGUUUGUUAAAUGGAGGAGUGGUGGAGGGGAAGGACAGUGUACUGCAGCCAGACUGAGCAGUCAUAGGAAGUUAUUACAUAACUUUUCACUGGGAAAGUUUUUUUGUUCUCAAUGUCCUUAUUCUUCAAUACUGAAAACUAAGCCUUGCAUUUUGCUUUGAGUGCAAGGAUGAUUAAGCAGAAUAUUAAAAAUCUCUGAAAAUUUUGCCUAAGACUGUCUUGGUUACAAGCCCCAGUAACAAGUCACCAAAAAAUUGCUUGUUUGAACCAGCCUUCAUUAGUGCUGAUACAUUUUAUAUGACUUAACUAUUUUGAAUGCUUGCAACUUUUCUGAUUCCAUUAUAAAGCUGCAUUUAUGCAUAUUUUUAAUCUAGUCUUGAAUUACCUCUUGACCAGUCUAACCAUAUGAUACUCAUCGGCUGUGUGUUGUGUAAUGUGAAAGUCAAGCCGGCCUGGUUCAUCCAGCAUACAUGACGUACAUUAGAGUUUGAUAGCUAUGCCAUUGCUCAUCACAAUAGUUGUACAAAGCAACUUUAAAAUAAGCUGAAUGAAUGAGUCUGACCUUGUAAUGUAGAAUCUCAUUGACUGUAUUAAGGGUGACAUUUAAUAUGUGUUAUAUCUGACAAAAUGAGCUUCAGAAAUUACCUUGGUAUUUAAAUCUUGUUAAGUUAAGAUUUUCUCUCAGGAAUCCCAUUGCUUCAUGCCUGAGUCAGAAUAAGAGCUUAUUCACAUAUUUAAGUGAUUUAUACUAGUGUACAAACAUAAGUACAUGUUUAUGUUGAUGCUCCCAAAAGGAAUGAAAGACGAGACUACUUAAUAAUUAUUAUAUUCAUGCAAUACUUGUAACAUUCCUCAGAUUUAUAAUCAAUCAUAACUUACAGGUUAUGGACUCAAGCCAUUUGAAACUACAGUACCCUACCGAGUUUCGUGCUAUCCGAGUCUCGCGAUCCUCGAGUUUCACACUCCAACCUAAAUUCUUACCAUCCCAACUUUCGUGCAUUAUCGCCCUGAGUUUCAUGCUGCUUUGACAUGUACGGGUCACAUCUACCUACCGUCGGCGUCACGUGCAAUUCCUUAAGGCGGUGUCACACUGGCCGUUUUCCUCCAACCGUUGGGGCUAUUGGCAACCACGGUUGCCCGUGCACCCAACCGGGAGUGAGUUAUCGGUUGUCCGUACAGAUGGAAAAUGUUUGGGGGUACGAGCAACCACGUGGCUGUAUGUAAACAAACAGACGAUGGCAGUGGCUGAGGAGUGAGGAGCAGUGGAAAAUGGCCAACCAAGAAACUCGUAAAGUAGACUGACAUAGCUGCUUUCUUUACUAUUUAAUCAAUACAGGGCAACUGCUUUGUUUACGUUGUGAAUACGGACAACCGACCUUGGCCGUGCAUGACGCACACCCGGAAAAGUUGGAGUUGCCGGUCGACCCUAUCGCCAACGUGGUCGGAGGAAAAAGGCCCAGUGUAACACCAGCAGCUUAAAGGCACAGUCACACAAGCUAGUUUCUCGGGAAUUUCAUACUGAAAUUAUCUCCCUACAAAUUUCUGCCGUGAAUUUAUCUUAAAGUUUGGUCACACAGAGGUCUGUUGCAUUCUGGGAUAUAUCAGCUGAAAAACAAAACAAACAAUGGUAGCAGAGUUUGCUUUGUGGUGUUUGCUGAAGAAAUAGAAAAAAAAUGAAAAGAAAGCAUUUGUUGGUUCAUGAGUGGUUAGCUCGGAGACAAAGGGAGAGAGUGCUACGGCUUGCUACCGUUAAGUGCUACGAGAACUUAGCAGUCCAAGACCUGCUCAACCUGGUUACUCCAAAUUUAUCUAGCUUCGUAGAACUCAUUGUGAUACUGGAAUAAACACGCAGAUAGCUACUGAACCAAUCAGCUGACAUGCUCUUCUUCUUCUUUUGACCACAACUUACCAACCUCACGAGAAAAUAAUUGAGAUGCUGGUAACUGAGUUACCCCAUCACUUUUCAACACUUUCAUGGACUGGGUGCUAGGCAGAUUUGUGGAUCAUAGUCAUUGUGGAGUAUCUGUUGGCACUACCAGGGUCACUGACCUUGUUUUUGCCGAUAAUGCAGUAAUCCUUGCAAAGUCACUGAAGGUUAUAGUGAUGGCUCUCAAGGCACUGCAUGAGAAGGCAAAGCCCCUGGGACUCCAGGUCUCCUAGGCCAAGACCAAAGUACAGAUGUUUGGAGGCUUGCUGGAUGAAACAGUACAGUUUGUCCAUGUAUGAGGCAAGAACAUUGUUAUCUUGGAAAAUUUCACAUAUCUUGGUAGAGUAGUUCAGAACAACGAUGGGUCUCGUCAGGAAGUUUUAUGGCAGAUUGACUUUGCCCACAGUGUUAUGGACUCGGUUCAGCAUGAGUAUAUGGCUUUGUUGAUAUCUGUGCAGAAGAACAAAGAUUCAGACCUCAAGUCACUUGUUCUCCCUGUCUUACUCUAUGGCUGUGAGACAUGAACACUGAAUAGUGACUUGUAGGGACAGAUUGAUGCAUUUAAUAAUAAGUGCCUAUGAAGAAUUAUGGGAUAUCAGUGUGUCAAACAAGUGACUACUCCAUGAGACUGAUUCAACAUCGAAUACCUGCAUAGCUCAUAAAUGCCAACUCAGGCACUACAGGCAUGUGGCACACUACCCAAAAGUCGACCCUGCUGACCAAGUUGUUUCUAUAAGAGACAACCCUGAGUGGAGGAGGCCAAGGGGAUGCCCACAAAGUUUAUGGGUUGAGCAAGUCAAUAGAUCCUAUCGUGAGGUACUGGAGAUUGGAAGGGGGCAUACAUGAAGACUUGCCCGAAGGAACCCCCAGGUUUGGUGCCGUAGGGUGGUUGAGGCAAUGCAACCCCCCCUCCCACCCCUGGCAUAUGCCCCCAUUAACUGAUUGGUUGAUUUUCAGACCCAAACCACAUCACAGUUCAAGGCGUAUAUUUAUUUUGUGUUCCACAAGAUACUGAGGUAAUGUGCUCUCAAUCAAGCUUUCAAACCAGGCAUUUUUACUCCCCAGAGUGGUGAAAAAGCAAAGAUCACCAAAGCCUGUCAGUCAUCAAAUUGCUACAUGAUGAGGGAGCAUAGCAUCAAGUAGCUUUUUCUGCAGCAUGAAGAAAUAAGCAGUUGAUCUAAACAAAAGAUUAAUAUUCAAAUUAUUUUAACAACUGUUCAAAAGAAAUAAGUUGGACAAAAUAUCUCAAAAUUUAAGACAAUCAACCCUGUUGUGUAUCUGUGAGUGAAUGAGGAAAUUUAGGCACAACAUGUCACAAAAAUGAUAGUGAUAUAUACUGUAAGAGUGAAUAAUAUUGUAUUACUUUGAUGCUUUUUCUAUUUUACUAGCUAUGCUGUCCCGUGGCAUUCUCUUUACUUGUAUACUUGUUAAUUUAAGUCAGUCUAAAACAUUCACUUUCUGCUUUCCCUUAAAUAUUAGAAGUUUUUUUAGAAAUGCAUGCCAAAGAUGAAAGAUCUAAGAUAUGAGAUGUGCAAUACUUGAAUUCUUGUUUUUUCAAUUCACAAGAUUGUACCCAAAGAAAAGUGAAACUUUGUGCUUUGAGUCAGGCAAAGACACCACAUCAACAAUGAACAAAAUUAAACAUGCUAGUCAUAAAUUAUAUUAUUAUCCUUCAACCUAUAUAUUACAUCUCCCUUUUACAGAAAGUGUUACAAUAAAAUCACAACCUUAAAUAACAUUAAAAAUCAAGCACUACAAAUUUUCUAAAAAUAUUUACUUGCCCCCAUUAUUUGUGAGAUGGCCAAAGGGACGUUCACAAAGAUCAUGGCUUGAACUAUUCAAUACAUCCUGCCAGGAGGUACUUAGGAUGAGAAGGGGGCCUCCAUGGAGAUUUGCCUAGAGGAACCUCUAUGAGUUGAUAUUAGUUGGUGAGUGUAUUGGAGAAAGUUAUGAAAGGAAGAAGUGUGACCAUGAAGGUAAAGAGGGGAAUAAGGAAUAGUAUUAUCCUGCCAACUCUGUCAUAUGUGUCAGAGACGUGGACAUGGAGUGCAGCACAGCAAUCGAGAAUACAUGCAGUGGAAAUAAGUCAUAUAAGAGGUGCAUGUGGUAUGUCAGGAUGGGAUGGAGAAAGUAAUGAAAGCGUGUAUGAGCGGUUUGGUAUGGGUGCAACAGCGAAAGGAGUGGAGUGUGGAGUGGGUGAAGCGUGGUGCAUUGAGAUGGUUUGGACACGUGAUGAGAAUGGGGGGAGAAUGAAGUCAUGAAGAGAGUGUAUGAAGUAAGGAUUGAGGGAAGG